ACCCACUGCAACCCGUUUCUACAACACAGCGCAAUAUGUCUGCACAACCUACGAAGCAGAAGCUAUGGGGUGGGCGUUUCACCGGAAAGACCGACCCUCUCAUGCACGAGUUCAACCAGUCGCUGCGCUAUGACAAGCGCAUGUACGCUGCGGACAUCGCUGGUUCCAUCGCGUAUGCCAAAUCGUUGGCGCUGGUGGGCAUCUUGACGGAGGACGAGCAGAAAAAGAUCGUAGACGGUCUCACUGCUGUGGGCAAGGAAUGGGAGCAGGGUGUGUUCCAAAUCCAGGCCGACGACGAGGACAUCCACACUGCGAACGAGCGCCGCCUCACCGAGCUUGUCGGUCCUCUUGGCGGAAAGCUCCACACCGGCCGCUCGCGCAACGACCAAGUCGCCACGGACAUGCGCUUGUGGCUCCUCGGGGAGGUUCGCGCUGUCGAAAAAGGUCUGAAGGACCUCAUCCGCGUGAUGGUGGAACGCGCGGACAAGGAGAAGGAUAUCCUCAUGCCCGGCUACACUCACCUGCAGCGCGGCCAACCCAUCCGGUGGUCGCAUUUCCUCCUCUCGCACGCGUUCUCCUUCCGCGCCGACUUGGAGCGCCUGCAGCAGCUCAUCCCCCGGGUAUCUAUUCUGCCCCUCGGCUCUGGCGCCCUAGCAGGCAACCCCUUCGGAGUGGACCGCGAGUUCCUCGCGAAGGAGCUUGGGUUCCAGUCCGUGGCCGAGAACAGCAUGUACGGCGUGAGCGACCGCGACUUCAUCGUGGAGUUCUUGAUGUGGGCGAGUCUCUCCAUGACGCACAUCAGUCGCAUGGCGGAGGACCUCAUCAUAUACUCGACCGCUGAGUUUGGUUUCGUGGCAUUGAGCGACGCAUACAGCACUGGUUCGAGCAUCAUGCCGCAGAAGAAGAACCCCGAUUCGCUCGAGCUGCUCCGCGGCAAGUCCGGACGCGUGUUUGGAAACAUGUCCGGAUUCUUGAUGACUCUGAAGGGCCUGCCGUCGACAUACAACAAGGAUCUGCAGGAGGACAAGGAGCCGCUUUUCGACGCGGUCGACACCGUGGCGGCCUCGUUCCAGAUUGCAGAAGGCGUAGUCGCGACUAUGGAGGUGCACGGAGAGAAGAUGCGGGCAGCGCUGACCAUGGACGUCCUGGCCACCGACUUGGCGGAGUACCUCGUCCGGAAGGGGAUCCCCUUCCGCGAGACCCAUCAUGUCUCAGGGCGCGCGGUGGCAUUGGCUGAGGCACGGCAGUGCCAGCUGGACAAGCUCUCGCUGCAGGACUUUAAGGGCCUGCACGAGAAGUUCGAGGAGGACGUCUUCAAAGUGUUCGACUUUGAGGCGAGCGUUGAGCGCCGCCAGUCAAUUGGCGGCCCGAGCCGCAAGAUGCUGGAGAGGCAGAUCGCUGUCCUCAGGGAGGCCAUCGCCAACUGAAUUAGGCGAAUAAAAAUGUAGGGUUCAGAGUACGCGAGCCCCAUGUAACCGUAGUAGGAUAGCCACAAAAGACCCGGGCC